CUAAGGGACUACUAUAACGUUUUGAAGCAUCGAGGCUGAGAGAGACGGAACUAUUUAUCGGUACAGUACGUCGCGCGGGUUGUAAACGUGGCGCAUGCCGCGCAUGCGACGCUAUUUUGGAAACAGUGUUGAACAAACAGCGCAUGGAGAGCGCACGUUGUUAUUUAUCUUGCUUGUUUUCAAAGUCUUUCGUUUCUGAUCCUCAAUCAUGUCAAAACAAGGCUUGGUCCUGUCAAAUCAAAAUAGAAACGCAACUCUUGAAUUCAUCAAGGACUACAAGGCCAAUCGACUAUUAUGGGACUGUAAUCACAAACACUACAGAAACGUCGACAAACGCAUGUUAGCUUUUAAGGAAAUGGGGCAAAAGUACAACAUAGACGUCGUUGCCGUCAAGAACAAAAUAAAAUGCCUCCGAUCGUAUUUUAUAAAAGAACAUCAAAAAAUGUUAUAUGCGAAAGGGAAAAAUGCGAGAGAAGUUGAGAGCACGUGGUUUGCCUAUAAACCUUUAUUGUUUAUCAUGAAUACAAUGGCAGAAACAGGAGAAUCUUCUUCCAAAGCAACCAACGAGGUACAUGACCAACAGUCUAUGCAGAUGGAUCCUCUGCAAUGUGAAUCGGAGAUUGAAUGCGACAACAUAUCAAACAAUUCGCGUGAUGAUACUUUAUUCCAAGACGAAAACUCAACUUUCAAUUCAGAAUUAGGACCGCCAAGAAAGAGAAAAUGUAGCAGAGACGAAAAUUAUUUUGUUAUUGACGGAAUUGAUGAUGUAAAGGAUAGGAAGCCUCCAGAAAAGUCCUCUAAUAAGGAUGAAUGUUCUACGUUCGGUGAAUUCGUAGCUCAUAAGUUAAGAAAGCUAAGUGUUAGAAAUAGGGCAGAAGCAGAACACCAAAUACAUAGUAUACUUUAUGAUUUAGAAAUAGAAGAGUUAAUAAUGCAAGAAAUGAAAUAGAAAAUUAUGACAACUGUCUCCUUUGCAAGAAUGCUAUAUAAAUACAUUGUUAAAGUUUAAAAAAAAUAUCUUUUGGUCUAUGA